AUGCACGGCCCGCGGGGUCCGCCCCCCGACAUCGCGGUCGAGAUCUUAGCCUCGCUCAUCGUCUCCACCGUCGCCCUCCUCGCGGGCACCGUCGCGGUCAAGGCGCUCGAUCCCAACCGCGGCGCGAAGAAGAAGGCGGACGCGAUGAAGCGCGACAUCGCGCGGCGCCUCGGCAGGCCCAAUAUCGUCACCACCCCUUACGAAGACAUGAUCGCCACCGACGUCGCCAACCCCAACGCCAUCUCCACCACCUUCGAUGAGAUCGGCGGGCUGGGCGAGACCAAGCGCGCGCUGCAGGAGAUCGUCAUCCUCCCCUUGCUCCGGCCCGAGCUCUUCUCAGGCGGCUCCCUCCUCAAGCCCGUGAAGGGAUGCAUGCUCUACGGCCCCCCGGGCACCGGCAAGACCUUACUCGCCAAGGCUCUCGCCAAGGAGUGCCAGGCUUGCUUCAUCAACGUCCGAUCCUCCACGCUGCAGUCCAAGUGGUUUGGCGACGCCAACAAGCUCGUCGCCGCGGUUUUCUCCCUCGCGUGGAAGCUCCAGCCGUCCAUCAUAUUCAUCGACGAGGUGGACUCCUUCCUGGGCGCCAGGAAGGGCAGCGAGCACGAGGCGAGCACCUCGAUGAAGACGGAGUUCAUGACGAUGUGGGACGGGUUUCAGACGAACGAGAACGCCCGAGUGAUGGUCCUCGCCGCGACGAACCGGCCGUGGGAAGUGGACGAGGCGAUCCUGAGGCGCUUGCCCAGGUCCUUCGAGGUGGGCCUGCCCAACCUCGAGCAGCGCAUCGACAUCAUCAAGGUCAUACUGAAGGACGAACACAUGGAGCCGGGUUUCUUCGGCCCCGGGCCCGACCCGCCGGUGCUCAAGAUCGCCAAGGCCACCGACCGGUACAGCGGAUCAGACUUGAAGGAGCUGUGCAAGAGCGCCGCGAUGGGACCCAUCCGCGACUUGCUCGCGAGCGAGGCGAGG